CCUACGCGUCUUUCAACCAUGAAGAUAACCGUUAAAACGACGCAGCAAAAGGUCUUCCAGGUCGAUGCUGAACCCUUAGAUACCGUCGUACACCUUAAGGGCAAGAUCGAGAGUGCCCAAGGAUAUCCUGUUGCCUCACAGAAAAUCAUCUACUCCGGUAAAAUAUUAGCCGAUGACAAGACAGUCGAGUCUUGCGGGAUAAAGGAAAAAGAUUUUUUGGUGCUGAUGGUUUCGAAGCCAAAGCCAACACCCACCUCAGCAAUAUCGACUACAUCAGCUCCCUCUGCUCCUCCAUCAGUAUCACCAGCACCAGCAGCACCUACGUCAGAGUCAUCCUCCACGGGCUCGUCACCCACUGCACCUGCACCCCCUACCACUUCUGAACCUGUUCAGCAGCGUGCUUUUGGCGACACCGCCUCGUUUUUGUCAGGUCCUGCUCUCCAGGAGACCAUUAAUAAUAUGGUGGAGAUGGGAUUCCCGAAAGAUCAAGUUUUGAAAGCAAUGCGAGCCAGUUUCAAUAACCCAGAUCGGGCCGUGGAAUACCUGAUGAAUGGGAUUCCGGGUCUCUUGGAAGCUGAAGCCUCCGGAAACCCUCCAGGUGCGCAGGAUAGUGCAGCAUCCAUCGCACCAGCUGCAACCACUUCUACGCCGGCUGUUCCCCCUCCCAAUCAACCUCAGAAUUUAUUCCAACUGGCACAAAAUCAGCAACAAAGUGGUGGUGGAAACACUGGAGGAUUUAGCUCAGCGCCAGGACAGCAUAUAGAUAUUGAGGCGUUACGAAACAACCCCCAGAUCCAGCAAUUACGUGAAGUUAUUGCUCAAAAUCCUGAUUCUGCUGGAGCGGUCAUUCAGCAACUUGCAACCCACUACCCACAGCUAAUACAAACCCUUGCACAAAAUCCAGAUGCCCUUAUGCGGCUUCUGGAUCUGGACCCGCAGAGUGUGGCCCCGCCUGGUGCUCAGGUCAUCAAUGUCACAGAAGAGGAGAGAGCAGCGAUUGAACGUCUGGAGGCGUUUGGCUUCCCCCGACACAAGGUGGUGGAAGCGUACCUGGCCUGUGACAAAGACGAGACGAUGGCCGCAAACUACUUGUUUGAACACGGUUAUGAGGACGACGAUGAUAAUUGAAGGUCAUAAAGGAUCAAUGGGUUUGUAUAGUAGUUUUCCCCCCCCCCCCAAGUAUUCGCUUGUAUGAUAAACGUCAACGUCAAAUCGUAUUUCACGAGGACGCAUGCUCCCAGCA